GCAGAAAGUUCAGGUAAAAAGAUCGAAUUAUAACCUUCUAUCACGGUUCAUGGAGAAUACCGUUAUCAUUCAACUGUCUGCAUUUGAUUAUCGUCUGCUUCAUUCUCAUUGUGUAAUUUUAUAUAAAACUUGCAUUUUACAAGAUGUAUCUGGUUGGAUUAACAGGCGGCUUAGCCACGGGAAAAAGCACAGUCGCCGCUGUUUUUCAGGAACAUGGUAUUCCUGUUAUAGAUGCUGAUAUAAUUGCCCGAGAAGUCGUCGAACCAGGGAAGCCAGCAUGGCAUAAGAUAAGAAGCGAGUUUGGUCCAGAAGUAUUCUUAGAAACUAAAUACUUGGACAGAGCCAAACUCGGCGAGUUAAUAUUCAAUGAUGUCGAAAAGAGACGAAAACUCAAUGCCAUUACGCAUCCAGAUAUAUAUAAAAAAAUUUAUUGGCAAGUUUUUCGAUACUUUAUACAAGGCCAUCCCUUCAUCAUCUUGGAUAUGCCUCUGCUCUUUGAAACAGGACACAUGUUAGAUUUCUUGCACAAAAUUAUUGUUGUAACAUGCGAGGAAGACUUACAGUUACAACGUUUGAUAGAACGCAAUGGAUUUACAGAAGCUAAAGCGAAGGUAAGAGUAGCGACGCAGAUGUCCUUGGAGAAGAAAGCAGAAAUGGCGAAUUUUGUAAUCGAAAAUUCCGGUAGUCAGAACGAUACCAGAGAACAGACUAUAAAAGUGAUUAACGUGUUACGGUGCUCCAAGCAGCAUUGGAAAUUGCGUUGUCUAGUUGGAUUUUGCUGUACCGUACUGUUAGCUGGCGCUUACUGGUUGAAGAACAAAAAUUCCAACAAGAAAUGAAAUUAUUUUUUAACCGAAUUAACCGACCGUUAGUAGAAUCGGUUGAUUUACUUGUCGAUUAAAUUUAUACGUACAAUAAUGCAUUUGCAAAAUCAAAAAAUAUCGUAUAAAACAGGCGAAAACAGUAAUUGAAUUGCGCAUUUUUCAUUGUCAUGCGCAAACUCACAAAUUACAAAUCCGGUCUUGCUGAGCAAGUUAACUCAUUGUACAAUAAAAUCACUUUGCUUUUCUCCAUAAGAAAAAAA